AUGGCUUUACAAUCAUAUGAUUUUGUUAAUGAUUCAACUUGUGAGAAACGUGUGGUGAAGGUCAAAGUUGAAGCACCGCGUGAGGUCCACAAACGGCCACUUGCCAAGAAGCUUCCUAAUUAUAAUGUGACGGUGGGUCGUUGUUUCCAGCCUAUUUAUGUUUUAAUGUUUGAUACAUAUUCCAAUCAAAUUCCAUUUUUAAAAGUACCUGAAGUAGUGGUUAAGGUCGAAUGUAACAAGGGUGUUAACCUUAAAGUUUACAAAUGGAGCCCAUCUAUAUCAUUUGGCAUGUCGGCUCUCAGACUCAAUGAUUUGAUCAUUGGGAGCUCUAAUUUGGAGAGUAUUCGACCGAGUUAUGAUGCCACUCUGAUGUUAUUUCGGCCUCAUGGGUCCCACAUGCUACAAAUCACUAUCAAAGAGACUGGAAGAAAAAAAGAGUUUGAUGCAGCCCUAAGAGAACUUAGAUGGAAGGAUGUUGAUAUAUCUGAGGAAGCGAACGAAAUCCAGGAUUAUAUAGAAACACUACAAAAGCUCCCAAAGGCCAAAAUAUUCGAUUUGUUUCUGAGAACAUAUUUGCAAUAUGUCAAUGUUUAUGGUCUUGAAGCAGAUAUAUGGAGUGCUGGUGUGAUUCUUUACAAUCUUCUUUGUGGGGUCCCACCUUUUUUGGGAGAAUCUGAAAAUGAGAUCUUUGAAGAGGUUUUGAGGGGUAAACUCGACUUUAAUUUCCUCAGAUCCACGACCUAGUAUCUC